UUACACUUCCACUGUCUUCCAGAACCCAAAACCGAGUGAGCGAUGGAAGUGCCUUCCAUAGACAGACUUCCAUGCUUGCAACCGAAGGCACGGGCACGCGCUGAGACAGUGAGAUACGUAGAUGGAUGCUUUUUGAGCUCAACAGAAGCCGCUUCUAGUAGAUCGCAAACGUAUCCCGUCCCACCCAAAGCGACACCUACGCGCGUCCCCGUAGAGACUAAAAACAGAGGGAUUUUGCGUCGAUCGUCGUCUCCCUCCCUCACAAUCACCGCCCUUCUCCUCCAAAGCAAAAGCACCACCUAUAGUCGUACGUCUCCACCGCCACUUCCCUUUCCUCCUCCUUUCGUAUCGCACAACGGAUCCACGACGCGCCCGCCCACACGCCUCUGCUGCUUCUCCCCCUCUGCUUCUCCACGCCAAGCCCUCCUCCUUCACACUACUCCAUGCUGCAGGCGAGCUCGGAGCGGCCGGCCUCGGCGGCGGGGAUGUGGGUCCCGGGGAUGAGCCCGCAGGCGGCGGCGGAGGCGGGGGCGGCGAGGCUGUGGGUCCCCGGGGUGACCCCGCAGGCGGCGGGGUCGGCGAGGGCGCGGGAGAUCGCGCAGAGGCGGGAGGAGAUGCUCGGGAUGCUGCACGGCCUCCCCGAGGCCGACUACGAGCUCUCGCUCACCGACCUCGUCGAGAAGACCGCCAACGGCGCCGCGGCCGGGGGCAACGGCGAGACGAAGGAGGCCGCCCCGAGCCCGAGACCCUUGGCCCCGCCGCCGCCGACCGAGACGAAGGAGGCGACCCCGACCCCGAGCCCCCCCUUGGGCCCGCCCGCCGAGCAGCAGCAGCCGGCGCCGGUGCCGAGGACGGAGCGGAAGGGGUCCGCGAGGCGCGGCGGCCGCAGCUUCCGCAGCAGCAGCGACGGCGUGCUGCUAAACUUCUACAUGCCCCGCUCCCUCACCCGCAGCUUCACCGCGCCGCGCGCCGCCCGCGCGCAGCCCGUCGUCCAUUGCGCCCGCCCGGCCGCCAGCGUCGUCGUCGUCUCCGACGACCGCAACAAGAGGGAGAGAGACGGGGACACCGUCAGGUGUUGGCCGUUGCCGUGGGAUCGGCGGUGGCGGAAGUCGAGCCGGCGAGACCUGACAUCGCCACCAACCGGAGAAUCGGCUGUUCUCGAAGCGGCGAAGCACUCUGCUCCCCCAGCUAAAACCUGAAGACUUCCGAUUGUUCCAUCGUUGCUGUCACAGUGAGCUUUGAACAGCUUCUGUGCGGGGAUAGUGGGAGCAGUAAUGCAGUAUACACUCAGGCCUGAGUAUACACUUGAUCUUGUGUACUAAUUUGUGUAUAGAACAGAAAAAUGUUACUACAGUAGUAGCUUUGCAGAGGCCAGUGGUGCCACCUCUUUCACCAAAAAAAAAGAACUACAUAUAUAGCUGCAGUUUUGUGUGUUGCCUGCGCAGCCUUAUCAGGCAGCGGCAUGGUUGGUAUACGUGAUUAAGAUAGCGAAUCUAGAGUGCUCUUGGGCAUUCCACGGUGA